UUGUUCCAUGAACGCAUUAGAAUUGACUAACAGUACACGACCAGCCUAAGCACAUUAUUUUCUGAAGCACUUUCAUUAUCCUCCCUCGCCAACUUGUGAAGAUGAGACAGAAUUGAGAGACAGUUUUGCCCGUGCCCCUGGCAGCAGUAGCCGUGCCAGAGGAGGCCGUGCUUAUUAAUUCCUCAUGUGGAAAGAUAUGGAUUGAGACCAGACCAGUGUUUAUUAUUCUUUAACGUGAUGGAGCUGACCUUGAACUGACCACUGCAUGGUGUCGAGAUCUGGUUCACUGCCUUCCUGCUCCCUUAUUCCAGGAUUAUACCGACCCUUCAGUAUUUCUCUCUGGAUCUGUCGGCAAUUGAGUCUUGCGAUUCUAUCUUUCCUCUAAAACCUAGGUGCUCAACUUUGUGUUUGGUAGGGGUUAGCUGUGUGGAUGAUUCAGUCUCAGUAAUAAGUUACCUAGGUACCGAGAGGUUUCAGGUGGCGAGAUUCGUUGCAUGUUGAGUGUACGCAAUUUGAACUUGAAAGAUGCUGCAUAUGUUAUCUAUGUAGUGUUUUCGCAACUGCUGGCUCUGGUAGUUGUAUAUUAAGAGCGUCCUGCCCAGAUAUAGGCUGCUGAACGCAUAAAAACUUUCAGGAUCUCGUAACCACUGUCAUCAAUACAUCCAUUUUGAUUGCGGUGGAAGUUGUUUAGACUGCUCAUAUCGUUUGGAGAAUGUGUUAGUGUCCUAUUUCGAAUAAAGGGUUUCAAGCUUCUUUUUCGUUAAUACCCAAGCUGAUAAACGUUGCCGGAAGAAUGCACACAUUGUACAGAUGGUUGACAACUCGAACCAUGCGAACAAGGCUGCAAUAGAUCUAAACCAAGGAUGGGUAGCAGCAAGAGCAUCGGAUGUGAGCCAAGGUGGAAAGGAGCUCACAACCGGCGAGGUCAUUCCAGCUGUCGAACCCAACACCCCAUGGAUCAAAGGAGUUGUGCCUGGGACGAUUUUAACGACACUGCUGAGCAAUGGCCUUAUCGCUGAUCCGCUGUAUGGUCUCAACAAUGAAGCUAUUCCCGACAUGGGGGACGUGGGCCGGGAGUAUUACACUUUCUGGUUCUACAAUAGCUUCGAGCUGGCGGCUCCCAUUCCGGAACAUGGCAAAGUGUGGUUGCAGUUUCGAGCAAUAAAUUACCAAGCGGAGGUGUUUUUGAAUGGGCACAGCAAACUACUCUCCAAGGGCAUGUUUUUGCGGCACACAGUGGAUAUCACUGAUUGGAUCAACAGUGAUGGGGGAGUGAACCGCCUUGCGGUGCUUGUGCAUCCUCCCGACCACCCUGGCCACAUACCACUUGAAGGGGGUCAGGGAGGAGACCAUGAUAUUGGCAAAGACGUUGCAGCUCAAUACGUCGAAGGGUGGGACUGGAUUUGCGCCAUCAGGGACAGGAACACCGGCAUUUGGGACAAAGUCACUGUAUUUCAGACUGGGCCUGUGCGGUUGGUGGAUCCCCAUCUUGUGGCGACCUUUCCAUCUUCGACUUACACAGAAGCACAGCUUUGGGUUACUGUGGAACUGGUUAACACUGCUUCGGCAAAAAUCAAAGCCACAAUCUCCGUUUCUGCAACAUUGGAAGAUCAAGAAAGUUUGGGUACAUCAACAAUUUCUGCGACGCAAGUUGUUGAAGUCAACGCCAAGAGCACACUACAGUACUCCCUGUUUCCAAUUCUUGUCGAGAAUCCGGCGCUAUGGUGGCCAAAUGGUAUGGGAGAACACCCUCUGUACAAAGUAGACGUUACAGUAGAAGCUGGAGGCUUUAGUGGACUAUCUGAUUCGUGGAGUCACAUGUUUGGCUUUCGCCACAUAGCCUCUCAUAUCGACACUGCGACAAAUGGACGGAAGUUCGAGGUGAAUGGAGAGGCGAUCUUCAUUCGGGGAGGCAACUGGAUUGUCUCGGAUGCUUUGUUACGCCUCUCUAAGGAACGCUACAACGCAGAGAUUGGCUUCCACGCAGCUAUGAAUCUGAAUAUGAUACGCAUUUGGGCAGGGGCCUUGGCCGAACGUCCUGAGUUUUAUGACGCAUGCGAUAGACAUGGCCUUCUGGUUUGGCAAGAAUUCUGGAUCACUGGCGAUUGUAACGGACGAGGACAACCACCAUCAAACGCCGAGUGGCCACUCGACCAUGAGCUCUGGCUCACUUGUGCAUACGACACAGUGAAGCUCCUCCGCAACCAUGCCAGUUUAACUCUAUGGUGUGGAGGGAACGAACAACAUCCCGCCGAUGAUCUCAACGAUGCUUUAACCAAAGCUCUGGUAAUCGUUUCUCCUGAUUCAGGGAAUCCGAGCCAAUCAAUUGAUGGAACACGUCUCUACAUUGAAGGGUCGCUGUGGAGUGGAAUCGCUGCUGGAAAUGGCUUGUUUCGAGAUGGCCCAUACACAAUCCAGAUACCAGAAAAUUUCUUUACAGAGUACUAUUAUUCCUACGCAUUCAAUCCGGAAAUUGGAAACGUGGGAGUCCCAAACGCGGAUACCAUCCGCUCCACCAUGCCGCCUGAAGCAUGGGAUCCCCCCGACGCUUUAGCUGGAGAACAUCCUAAUGCUACUUGGUUUUACCACAAGUACAUUGCCUACGCAGAUGGGCAAAACCUCAUCCCAGGCCAAAUCGAGGCAUUCGGCACAUACAACAGCCUUGACGAUUUUUGUGAGAAGGCCCAGCUUGUGAAUUACCACCAGUAUCGAGCACUCAUCGAGGGUUGGAAUACAUGGAUGUGGACUCACUACACCGGAGUGCUUAUCUGGAAGACCCAGAAUCCCUGGCCAGGCCUCCGAGGCCAAAUGUACGAUCACCUCUUGGAUCAGACUGGAGCUUAUUUUGGUCUUCGAUACGCCGCUGAGCCACUUCAUGUGCAGCUCAACCUCCUGACGUAUAAUAUCGAGAUUGUGAAUACGACGCGGACCACCUUAACGAAUGCCACUUUGCAGGCCAUUGCCUACGACGUCGAUGGCAACACCCCUUGGUCGCAAACGUUUCCUGCAGUAACGGCGGCGUCAAAAAAGACCUUGAUUGUUGGGCAAAUCCCUCUGUUCAAAUCCAUCAACACCCAGCCUGUGUAUUUUCUUCUGCUCAAGCUCUCCAGCUCCACGACUACACUAGUAUCCCGCAAUUUCUACUGGUUGCAUCCUAUACCUGGAAACUAUCUCCAGCUAGCAGGAUCGUAUCGAUCACAAAAGAUCGACGUCAAAGCGACAGCUACCUCGAAGGUCAGUGACGAUAAAUUGUCUUACAAUAUCCAAGUCCUGGUCGAAAAUCGAACGGCAGUAGUGGCAUUUGGGUUGCGCUUCCGGGUGCACAAUGGAAAUGCUACUGGUGUUGACAAGCGCGUUCUCCCAGUGUUCUAUUCCGACAACUGGUUUUCGCUUGUUCCGAAUGAGACUGCCACCAUUGAUAUCUCCUUCACGAUCUCUGGUAAAGAUGUUUGGCCCGUGCUUCUCUUCAGUGGGUGGAAUGUCGCAGAGAAGGCAGUUUCUUUCUAGACUAAUUACCUUUUUUUAAAAUUUUAGUCAUAGUCCAUGUCAAUUGCAAUACAUUUCAUGGUGAAAGGACAUUAGUAGCGGAAGUCUGGCGUCUGUAGAAGCUUCAUGGUAUGCUAGUUAGUGCUUUCAAGUGGACGUUAACAACAUUUAUAGUACACAUUGGAAGGGUUGUUUCGCAUCAAACAUUCUGAGUUUAGAACAGAGGUGAAGACUCAGAAGAGGUCAUUCCUUAUCAAAAUGGUCGUGAUGUAUUAAAAUCAAUAUGUAGUGUCUCUUUCGAUACACCUACUGCACAUCCUCACUUUCAGUUCAAGUAUGCAUUGUGAAAAGGAGCAUGUCUUUAAAGUUC